AUGUCGAAUUUAUCAAAGCUUGAGUUCGUGACACUUGACAUUUCUGGAUAUAAUUACUUGUCAUGGGUACUCGAUGCUGAAAUUCACCUUGACGCUAAAGGUCUUGGUGCCACUAUUACCAAUGGUAAUACAACGUCGAGUCAGGACAAAGCAAAGGUAAUGAUUUUCCUUCGUCAUCAUCUGGAUGAAGGAUUGAAGGUUGAAUACCUUACAAUAAAAGAUCCACUUGAAUUGUGGACUGGUUUGAAGGAAAGGUAUGACCACCUUAAGGCAACGGUAUUGCCAAGGGCUCGUUAUGAAUGGAUUCACUUGCGGUUAGAAGAUUUUAAAACUAUAUGUGAAUAUAAUUCUGCUCAGCAAUAUCGUGAAAGGGGAUUCAAAAAGUAUUCUGAGUUGAUCUCAUGCCUUCUUGUGGCUGAGCAACAUAAUACUCUUUUAUUGAAAAACCAUGAGGCCCGUCCCACGGGAACUACUCCGUUACCGGAAGCAAAUGAGGUUGAAGCACAUGGCCAGUCUGAAAGAAGAAAAAAUAAAAAUCAGGGCCAAAAUAAUGUGCGUGGACGUGGCAAUGGCAGAGGACGAUAUAAUAAUCGUCGUGGUGGUGGUCGCCACAAAAGGGAGAACAAUAUGGGUUCUCAAAGCAAUCCUUCAAGAGGCAAUUGUCAUCGUUGUGGCAUGAAAGGGCAUUGGAAGAAUGAAUGCCGAGCAGCUGAGCAUUUUAUUAGGCUUUAUCAAGAUUCCUUGAAAAGAAAAAGAAAUAAAAAUGGUGCAUCUUCUUCUAAUGCUCGGGUGGAGUCACACUUGACUUAUAAAAAUGAUGCCGAGACAGGGCCUUCACGAAAAUAUGAUGACAAUAUUGAAGUAAAUUUGGCUUUAAAAGAUGAUGAUUUUGAUGACCUUGAUGAUAUUACUCAUUUGGAAGUUGAAGACUUCUUUGGAGAUCAAAACUAA